CCGCCUCCAGCUCCGCCUUCCCAUUCUGCCUGAGCACACCUGAGACGUCCUGAUGCUCCACACUCUCCCAUGCCUCUCAAGAAGGACUCCAAUGGCCAGGACAACUAUGGCUUCGCUAUUGAGGGAGAGGAGAAUAUCUUUGAUUUUCCUGUUGAGGAAGGUGCCAAGAAUGGGAGCCAGUCUGCAGAAAAGAACAGGAACAAACUGGCUUAUUGUGUCACUGAUGUCCCACCCUGGUACCUGUGCAUCAUCCUGGGGAUUCAACACUUCCUGACCGCCUUUGGUAGCAUCGUGGCCAUCCCACUCAUCCUCUCGCAAAGCCUGUGCCUACAGCAUGACGGUGUCACCCAGAGCCACCUCAUCAGCACCAUCUUUUUUGUCUCAGGACUGUGCACCUUGUUGCAGGUCACCGUCGGGGUCAGACUUCCCAUCCUCCAGGGUGGCACCUUCACAUUUCUGGCGCCAUCCCUGGCACUACUGUCCACCCCGAAGUGGACCUGCCCAGCCUGGACUCAGAACGCCUCCUUGGUGAACAUCUCCUCACCAGUGUUCAUGGAGGAGUGGCAGAGCCGCCUGAGGGAGCUGCAGGGUUCCAUCUUGGUGGCUUCCUGCUUCCAGAUCCUGGUGGGCUUCUCUGGCCUCAUUGGCUUCCUCAUGAGGUUCAUCGGACCUCUUACUGUCGCUCCCACCAUCUCCCUGAUCGGGCUGUCCCUGUUCGACUCAGCCGGGUCGAGUGCGGGGCACCACUGGGGCAUCGCUGCCAUGACAGCAGCCUUGAUCAUCCUGUUCUCCCAGUACCUUCGACACGUCAGCAUUCCCAUUCCUGCCUACAGCAAGGCCAGGAAGUUCCACACCUCGCGGAUGUGCCUGUUUCAGGUUAUUCCUGUGCUCCUUGGUGUCACCAUCUCUUGGCUUUUCUGCCACCUCCUGACCAUAUAUGACGUCCUGCCACCAGACCCAAAAAAAUAUGGCUUCCUGGCUCGUACUGAUGUUAAGGGGGAUGUCGUGAACCAGACCCCCUGGUUCAGGUUCCCAUACCCAGGUCAAUGGGGUGUACCAACUGUGAGUUUGGCAGGGGUGUGCGGGAUCUUGGCUGGAGUGAUAUCCUCUAUGGUAGAGUCCGUAGGUGACUACCAUGCUUGUGCCAAGCUCUCUGGAGCCCCUCCUCCUCCCAGGCACGCCAUCAACCGAGGGGUGGGCAUAGAGGGGGUGGGCUGUCUGCUGGCCGGGGCCUGGGGCACAGGCAACGGUACCACCUCCUAUAGCGAGAACGUGGGAGUGCUGGGCAUCACCAGGGUAGGAAGUCGCACAGUGAUCUUGGCCAGUGGGAUCUUGAUGAUUCUCGUGGGGCUGUUUGGCAAGAUAGGCGCCAUCUUCACCACCAUACCAACUCCCGUGGUCGGCGGCAUGCUCUUAGUCAUGUUUGGGGUUAUAUCAGCUGCUGGAGUAUCCAACCUGCAGUACACAGAUAUGAACUCCUCCAGGAACAUUUUCAUCUUUGGAUUUUCCAUGUUAACUGGGUUGGCCAUUCCCAACUGGGCAUUGAAGAAUCCUGCAGCUAUAGCAACAGGAAUUGUUGAGGUUGACCAGGUGGUUAAUGUUCUCCUGACGACUGGAAUGUUUGUAGGAGGAUUCUUUGGGUUCAUUCUUGACAACACCAUUCCAGGAUCUGUGGUGGAACGAGGCAUUGUGGCGUGGAAGAGCAGUCACGAGGAGGACUCGGGUGUUACCCUGGACAGCGGGGAGGUGUACGGUCUUCCUUUCAGCCUUAGCUUUUUAGCCUCCUCUCCCUGGGUGCAGCGCAUGCCUUUUUGCCCCCCCACCAGUCCCGUCACUCCCGUGGCCCAGUCGGACAUCGGCACUGUGGACAGCAAGGAGGCGGAGAAGCCUGAUGCAUCACAUGUCAUUGUGGGAGUGGCCUUAUGAAUGCCAAGAGGAUAAACAGGCUUGCGUGAUGUACGGUCUUUCGUAAAGUCUUCUUGAUGUGAGUUAAACAUAAGUCCACAAACCUAUAAGUCCAAGGCAAUUUAAGGAUUUUUUACGGUGUGGAAGGAUGGGGGGCGGGGGGCAACCUAAUCAUUUGCUAAUGGUAUAACUUGAAUCUGUGAGCAACUGGAGAGGGGGGCACUCCAGUGUCCAAUCGGCUUUCAGCUAGGGGCAGUGCCCCCGUGACUUUUCCCCCAAUAGAAGUGCUUUUUGUCCGUGUUUUGCAAUGUGAACCCGAAGGGAUGCUGACUCCUGCUCUGUGCGCCUCUGUGCGGGUCGUAAGACAAUAAAGCCCAGCUGGGAUUCUCCCUCCUUUU